UUUUGUGUGGUUUUCGCAGUCAGCAUCCAUCCAUUAUCCUUACUUGCCUAUUCCUAUUUGGGGUCACAGUGUUCUGAUGGAACUCUCUCCAGCCUAAACCUCUCCAUGGAUCCUGGCAGGUUGCAAGUCCAUCAGAGGGCCCAUCACAGGGACAAACAACAACAGACACUCAUUUAGAAUCACUAAUUAACCUAAUACAUUUUUUUUGGACUGUGGAAGGAAGCUGGAGUACCUGGAGACAGCCCAUGCAAGAACAGGGAAAGCAUGCAAGCUCCGCACAGGAAGGCCCCCUGCUGGGAUGCAAACCAUGUGAUAACACAUACAAAUGUUAGUUUAGAGUAGUUGGUGUUUCGGGGCCAUUUGCCCCCAGGUUAAGAGUGAAACACGAGUUUAAAAACUCGUCCCUGUCGUGUCGUUCUGUGGUUCAACAGUGACACCUAGCGGCGGCGCUGGUAAACGCAGGGGGAGGAGCUCCAUUUAAAUCUCUGUCAGCCAGGAUCUCUUCACCGGAGGCUUUUUCUGUCAUCCGCACUCCGUCUGGGGAAACACUGAGCCAGAUUAAGAUUUGUUUUGCUUUUAUCUGGUCUGCGAGGACACGCACAAUGUCUUUCUGUCAGUUUGCUGGCGGGGAGAUCUACAAGGAUCAUUUUAAACCAGGAAUGUAUGUGUGCUCCCGGUGUAACCACCCCCUGUUCUCCAGCCGGUCCAAGUUUGCUCACUCAUCUCCCUGGCCAGCUUUUACAGACACCAUCAGAGAUGACAGCGUCACCAAGAUGAUGGAGACUCUCACUGCAUUCAAGGUCUUGUGUGGAAAGUGUGGCAAUGGACUGGGCCACGAGUUUGUGAAUGACGGUCCGAACGAGGGAUUGUCCCGUUUUUGAAUAUUCAGCCACUCGCUCAAGUUUGUCGCCAACAAAGGCAAGGACAAGCAGUAAAGAGAGUGAGGGUUGAUGAUCUAGCCACUGUAACUGUUGCUCGGUCCAAGUCCAGUGAAAAGGUCGGGUCAGCCGGUGACGUGGACGGGGGAAAAAACCCGAAAGGGAAGCCCUGCCCACUGAAGAAACUUUGACCAGCCUGGAUCGCACCGUUACAAAUAUUACUUCACAAAGCUUUCCUUGAUACCUCACAUUCCUAAUUCUUAAACUACACCUUCAUUAUUAUGAAGCCACUUUAAUGAAACUGCAUUCCAUUGUAGCAACGAUCCAGAGAGAUUUGACUUAAAGCCACUCUGUGUAACAAACCACUCUUUGCCUCACAAGGGGGAUCAGCCCCUGGUAUAAAACACCACAGAGUGCACCUCUAGUGGGACAAAGUGGUUUUUCAAGAUGUGCUGGCCUGCCCCCACUCAUUAGCACAGUGUUCAAUGGUUAUUUUGCCAAAAGAUUAAAGUAUACCCCCUUGUGGUCAGAAGUGUUGUUGCUACACAGAAUGGCUUUAAAAGACGUUCCCAUGACGCAGGCUGUUCAUUGCUGCUAUAUAUACUUAAUGUACUAUACCUUUAAUUUUUAUACA